UAAUUAGCUAACUGCCUCUCUUCCAGCAUCAUCAGUCUCCACCAUCACUUCUCUUCUCCUCAGGCUUAACGUACGCAAAACAGGAUUCUAUUGUCAUCUAUCUACGUAAAUCUAAUAUCUGAUACCAGUAUGUCUGACAAGAGCGAGCUGAAGGCUGAACUGGAGAGGAAGAAGCAACGGAUCGCCCAGAUUCGAGAGGAGAAGAAGAGAAAAGAGGAGGAGAAGAAAAAGAAGGAUGGAGACUCCAAGCGAGGAGCUGAGGCGGGUGGUGGUCAUGAAGACUCUGACCUGGAGAGGAAGAGGAGGGAGGCGGAGGCGCUGCUGCAGAGUGUCGGCAUCACCCCUGACAUACACCACGCUCAGGCCCUGAGGGUAGUAACAGAAGAUACAUGUCUGUUUCACUACCUAGUCCCCGCCCCCAUGUCUCCCUCCAACAAAUCAGUGGGCAGCGAUGCAGGAAGCCAAGACUCUGGGGAUGGAAACGCAGGACCAAGGACAUUGCAUUGGGACCCUGACCCCUCUACUCUGCAACUGCACUCCGACUCUGAGCUGAUGGGACGUGGAGCCGUGAGGCUGGGCAUGUCCAAAGUGACCCAGGUCGACUUUGCCCCGAAGGAAUUAGUAGCCUACUCCAAAGAAACACAGACGCCCACCGAGGCCCUGACGCACACCGAUCAAAAAGCAGAUGAGGAAGAGGAUGAGGAGAUAACUGCUCCCCCAACUGCAGAGGAUGCCCAGGAGGACAAAGGUGAACAUGGCGAUCAGCAAGACGAGGACACUCCCAAAGAGCUGACAGAAGAAGAGAAGCUGCAAGUCCUGCACUCCGAGGAAUUCCUGUCAUUUUUCGAACGAGGCAGCAGAAUCGUGGAGAGAGCUCUUGCUGAGCACGUGGACGUCUGCUUCGACUACAGCGGCAGAGACCUCGAGGACAAGGAAGGUGAUUUGCAAGCAGGUGCAAAGCUGGUUCUCAACAGACAGUUUGCAGAUGAGCGCUGGACUAAAAACAGAGUGGUCACCUGUCUCGACUGGUCACCUCAGUAUCCAGAGCUGCUGGUGGCCUCGUAUAACAACAAUGAGGAUGCUCCCCAUGAGCCGGAUGGAGUGGCACUGGUCUGGAACCUGAAGUACAAGAAGAACACACCCGAGUACAUCUUCCACUGCCAGUCAGAGGUGAUGUCAGCCGGGUUUGCAAAGUUCCACCCCAACCUGGUGGUGGGUGGGACAUACUCCGGACAGAUCGUCUUGUGGGACAACAGGAGCAACAAGCGCACCCCUGUUCAGAGAACUCCUCUGUCUGCAUCUGCACACACACACCCAGUUUACUGUGUGAACGUGGUAGGAACCCAAAAUGCUAACAACCUGAUCAGCAUUUCCACCGACGGCAAGAUGUGCUCCUGGAGCCUCGACAUGCUCUCCCAGCCACAGGACAGUCUGGAGCUGGUCUUCAAACAGAGCAAAGCGGUGGCUGUCACCUCCAUGGCCUUCCCUCUGGGCGAUGUGAACAACUUUGUGGUGGGGAGCGAGGACGGCUCGGUCUACACAGCCUGUCGCCACGGGAGUAAGGCGGGCAUCACUGAGGUGUUUGAGGGCCAUCAUGGUCCGGUGACCGGGCUGAGCUGUCACAGUGCUGGAGGACCCGUUGACUUCUCUCAUCUCUUCAUCUCCUCCUCUUUUGACUGGACUGUCAAACUCUGGAGCACUAAGAGCACCCGCCCGUUGUACUCGUUCGAAGACAGUUGUGACUACGUCUAUGACGCCAUGUGGUCUCCAACACACCCGGCUCUGUUUGCUUGCGUGGACCUGGCCGGACGCCUGGACCUGUGGAACCUCAAUAAUGAUACCGAGGUUCCCACCGCCAGCGUGUAUGUGGAGGGCGCUCCAGCACUGAACCGCGUUAGAUGGGCUCACUCCGGUAAAGAGAUUGCCACCGGGGACUCGGAGGGGCAGGUGCAGGUCUACGACGUAGGGGAGCAAAUAUGCGUGCCUAAGGCCGACGAGUGGACGCGCUUUGUCAGGACGCUGGCUGAGAUCAAUGAGAGCCGAGACGAAGCCGAGGAACUGGCCAACGUCUGAUGCUGCAAACGCUGCACCGACGACCGCUCAUACAUUUCUCUCUAGUACACUACGCCACCUAUAGCACACUACCCGACACUGCCAGAGGAGCAGCGCUCUCCUCUCUGUGGCUUCCAGCUUUUCCACCUACUACUACAUGGAUUGGCCUGAGGAGAUUUGCAGAGCUAGAAUGGAUAGAAAAGACCCGUUGAUGUGUUUUUGAAUGUGAGAGUUUUAGAGUACAUUUGAAGGGACGAUGGAUGUCAUGUGUAGCAGUAGUAGUACAGCAACCACAGUUUAAGUGGUUGAAAGUUAAACUUGCAAAGGAAUACAGGGAAGUGAUUUUCAGCACAGAUGUGACUUCUAGCUUUGAGAACAUCCUCAGGGUUUUCAGAAACUGCUCUUCUCCUCAGGCCUCAACCAACUCAGCCCUUUUUUAAAUAUGCAAACCUUUGUACUUGCACCUUUUUAUUACCAUUUGAGUGUUUUUACAUGUUUUAAUAUUUUCGGGACACGCUUGUGCACAUGGCUGUCUAAGUAAUUCAGCAGAGCUGAAAGAAAAGCUGACAUAUCUCUAUCAGAUCCUCUUUAUCCUCAGCAGCACUUGAAUUUGAUGACUAACAGCUAAUGUGCUCACACAUGCGACCUCUGGCCUGUGCGGAAGUGUGUCAUUCUUACAUUCCAACCACUACAAUAUUUAAUAUUUAUUCUGGUGGUUGCACUUAUUUAAAUAUUUUGUGUAUCGUUUAAAAAAAAUGCUGCUUUGUACUAAAUGCUUUAGUACAUUACUAAGAUUAGCACUGCAAGCUUUUUACCAGGCAAAAAUCUGUUCCUAUACUUGCCUUGACUCUAUUGACACUAGUAUAAUUUAAAGGUGAUUUCUGUACCAAAGGUUACUGUUUUAUACUCUGUACCUGUGUAAUGAGUAGUAGAACAGUUUCCUGACUUGUCCUCUUUAUGAGGAUCCAAAUAAACUACAUUUAGAUUUAACAGGAGGUGCAAAGCUGAGGUUGGAAACUAGUUUACCCUUUACCACAGAACAUAAAUGAGUUUUAUUCUUUUCCUUUUCCAUCCAGUCGUUACCUCCCUCCAGGAUGCAGCAGUCCGACCUCAGCAGACUCAAACGCUUUCUCUUUAAUGUUUAAAAUGAGCUAAGAAUGCACUGUUGCAACCAUAUUUGAUAUGACAUGAACAAGAUCAGUAUUCUCUGCAUAUACAUAUUGUACUGUACGCUUUCCUGCUGUUCCUGAUACAGUUAAUGGUUGCACUUUUCCAUUGGAAUAAAACUCAAAGUCAGUUGGUAAAAUUAAAA